CAGCGUGAGCAGUUUAUUGGCGUGUGAGCUGUGGAGAAAGUAACACUGAUUGCGUGGUUUUUGUACACCGAUAUCUUCAAAUCUUUCUCAGCUGGAGACAGCUUCGAAUAUCUGGUGUGUGGGCACAGUGUAUGUGCAAGUUAAAGAGAAAUAAACCAUUCCAAUUGUCAAAGGUAUUAAAGAUGACUUUAACAUUUUUAUGACUUGAUUGGGUUGCAAGUGCCGUAAAACUCUCACUAAAACUAAGCGAUGGAGUGAUGAUGAGAACACACUGCAGUUCACUGACGGAUUAAACCUAAAUGGACGAGUCUAUUAUUUAGCUUACACUGAAUUCAUUGGCUGGUGCUGGACAUUGUAUGCAGCAGUGUUGAGAGUGUACUGGUGGAUUGGAUUGGAUUCGAUAUAACCAUGUUGGCAGAGGACGAGCAGAAGGAAGGAUUGAACAAGGAUAAGAUGAGUGAGGAAGCUGUUUCCUCCCAGCAGAAGGAGCCACCCAACAUGGUGAACCAGUUUCUAAAGCUGUUGCUGAGGAAACACAGUAGCGGCGAUCUCCACAGCCGUUUGAAGACUCGGAAAUUGCUUGGAGUUGGGGAAACGGACGAUGGAGACAUUCACAGAUCAAAGUUGAGCCAGAUCCUCGGCCAUAGUGACCAGCUGUACGUCAAACUUCCUGCCGGUCUCAGGGUAUGGCAGGUCUUCGUCGCUCUAAUGUUCACGGUCAUCGGCCUUUGGGCUCUUAUCCUCCCAUCUCAUAUAUUCCAUACGACCCUGGAGACCCCAGGAGUUGAACUGAUCACCUUGCCCAUACGUCUCUACGGAGGAGCGCUUCUCAGUUUGUCCAUUGUGUACUGGAUGACGCUAAGCUCACAAGAUCGUGACAUCAUACGCAUGAGUCUGCUCACCUGUGUGGUCUACUUCAUCAUCCAGCUUGUUGGUAAGAAAGUUUUACUUUGUCUAUUCAGGUGCACAAUAAGAGAUACUUCCAGAUAGUUGUGUUGAUCGUCCCAAAUCGCUCGGCAAAACUAAAGAAUAGCUCCCCAAUCUACCCCAUCCAUCCCCAGUCUUUCUAUCUCAAACGGAUUUACUGAAUGUGAUCUUAGAAUCAACCCGAACUUUUCCGACUGUAAUAAUAUAAUGAUGCAAAAACUUAAUUAUUACAAAUAAAAUCAUCACUAUGUUGUGAUAUUUAGUAGGAAAAGAAAUCUACUGUGGGACUAUCCUUUAGUUUUGUUACGAUCGGCACUGCUAAAUGUAUAGUUAUGAUAGUGUAGAAGUGACGUGGUCAGUUGUUGUUUUUUUAUGCCACGUUUAGAUUCUUGUAUUUUAGAUUGUUUUAGAACGACUGUGUUUAUAGAACGCACAAAUGUUGCGCCGGAUGGCUCUGUGAAAAAAAGUAGAGCCUAAUGUUGCUGCACAUUAUAUUACGAAUAACAUUGUAGUGACUUUUCUCAAGCAAUAAGCUGUACUUUCAGCUUUCUCUUUUGUUUAAGAUUGAAGGGAGAAAGUUGGUGACGGUUUGGAUUGACUUUGUGCCAAACUGGUUCAAGAUUGUCGGCUCUUUUUAAUUAUGUUUUCUGACAUCUAAUGGAGAAAGAUAACCAAAAUGCAACCGAUUUUUCGACGUUAUCAUCAUAUCGAUGUAUUACUUAAGAACAAUGUUAGGUUCCUAAGACGAGGAUAUGUUCUAUUGAAGGCUCUUUUUCAAUUGUGUACAGUGUCUUGUAUUCUCUCCAAUUGUUUGCUGUGUGCGGUACAGUCUGUUGUUGAGGCAGAAGGCGUCUCAAGUUCGUCUGUCGUCUUUUGUGAAACUGUUGUAGCGUACUGGUUGUUGUUCGUCUAUUGAAGUGAUCAUUCUGAAAAUCGUUUGUAACAUUAAAACGUAAUGUCU